UUGGGGGUCGCAUCCAUGGAUUCCCUGGCAGCGCCCCAGAACCGCCUGGUAGAGCAGCUGCUGUCUCCAAGGACCCAGGCCCAGAGGCGGCUAAAGGACAUCGACAAGCAGUACGUUGGUUUCGCGACACUGCCCAACCAGGUGCAUCGCAAAUCUGUGAAGAAGGGCUUUGAUUUCACACUCAUGGUGGCUGGUGAAUCGGGCCUUGGGAAAUCCACGCUGGUCCAUAGCCUCUUCCUGACUGACCUGUACAAGGAUCGGAAGUUGCUCAGUGCUGAGGAGCGCAUCAACCAGACAGUAGAAAUCCUGAAGCACACGGUGGACAUUGAAGAGAAGGGGGUCAAGCUGAAGCUGACCAUUGUGGACACACCAGGCUUUGGGGAUGCUGUCAACAAUUCUGAGUGCUGGAAACCCAUCACUGACUACGUGGACCAGCAGUUUGAGCAGUAUUUCCGUGACGAGAGCGGCCUCAACCGAAAAAAUAUCCAAGACAACCGUGUACAUUGCUGCCUGUACUUCAUCUCCCCUUUUGGGCAUGGGCUGCGACCGGUGGAUGUGGGUUUCAUGAAGGCGCUCCAUGAGAAGGUGAACAUUGUUCCCCUCAUCGCCAAAGCUGACUGUCUCAUUCCUGGUGAGAUCCGGAAGUUGAAGGAGCGGAUCCGGGAGGAGAUUGACAAGUUUGGGAUCCAUGUGUACCAGUUCCCUGAGUGUGACUCAGACGAGGACGAGGACUUUAAGCAGCAGGAUCGGGAACUGAAGGAGAGUGCACCCUUCGCUGUCAUUGGCAGCAACACAGUGGUGGAAGCCAAGGGACAGCGGGUCCGAGGGCGCCUGUAUCCCUGGGGCAUCGUGGAGGUGGAGAACCAGGCACACUGUGACUUUGUGAAGCUUCGCAACAUGCUGAUCCGCACACACAUGCAUGACCUCAAGGAUGUGACGUGCGACGUGCACUAUGAGAACUACCGUGCACACUGCAUUCAGCAAAUGACCAGCAAACUGACCCAGGAUAGCCGCAUGGAAAGCCCCAUUCCCAUCCUGCCACUACCCACUCCUGACACUGAGACGGAGAAGCUCAUCAGGAUGAAGGAUGAGGAGCUAAGGCGCAUGCAGGAGAUGCUGCAGAAGAUGAAGCAGCAAAUGCAGGACCAGUGACAUGCCCGUCCAACCCCAUGUGGGCACAGAUCUGCUGCCAGUCUCUACUGGUCCUUCCCAUCCCUGAACCCCAACUGGUCUGGACUUCACCCUGGAUUUAUCUGGAUCUCCAACUGGCCUGGACAUGACCCCAAUCCCAGAGUAGCCCAGACUUGGACUAUUCCUGACCUGGCCCAGAGUGGGAGGGUCAUAGCCCCCAGCUGACCCUAAUUUAUUCUCAACAUCAGACCCCUGCUAUCAUUUGUAUAUGCUUCAAGGGGCCUGGACAACAGACUCCACAACCAGCCCCCUCUGACCUUGGGGAAACUGGACCUAAAUUGGGUGCAGAUUCUGAGAUUCCCACCCCCACACCCCACUCCCUACCCCCCGUCCACAAGGUCUGAGAUUCCAGACUCUAUACUUACUCUCAGGCAGAGACUAAGCCAAGGCAGAAUAUGGAAGCAGAUCCCAAGGUCCUAGGCCUAUUCUCCUACCGCACCACGGAGUUGACUUGGGAACUUUUUUGUGCCUGCCUCAGUGGGCCACCCCAACAUAUUCCCAACUCUCUGUUCAGGUGGGCUGGGUCUUCUUACCCUACCUUUUCACCCCCCCUCACUGGGAAGCUCUCUAGGCAGAUUGUUUAGCCCAAGAAUCCUUCCAGAUUAAAGGAAGCCAGAGAGCUUCCUGCAGGGAGAUUUCCAGGGGUUGAGUGACCUGUGAUCAUCUACACUGGUCCCCCAUGGCUAGACCAAAAAGGUUGCAGGAGCAGUGGGUGAUGGAUGAUCCCUUGCCAACCCUAAGCCUACACAGCAGUUCUCUGCCUGUCACUGGAGGUCCGUCCUCUUCAGCAGCACUGUUGCAGGGGUUCCCAGGUUCCAGGCCCCUGUCUCCCCAUCCCUCCACCUGCAUGACCCCCAUCCCCAAAACCCUUUCUUCAGUUUUGUUCAGUUGU